AAAAAAAAAAAAGAGGCACAGGAAAAGGAAAUAACAAAAUGGAAGAGGUUGCACAAAAGCACACACCCCAGCCACCCACGCCCCCAUCCCUGUUAUGCUGUGAAUGGCAUUCGCCCACACCCACACCCCAAAUUUCCUACUUGUAUAUCUCCUUUGCCCAACCUCUUCUCUCAUGCUUCUGACUUGACUCUUCACCAUUUUGGCUUUCUGCCAACGGAACAGCAUAUUCAUCACCACUUUGCCACUCAGCCCUAUCACAGGCACACUCUUUUCUAAAAAGACGUGCCUUGUUGUUUUUGCCCACUUCAGCCUGCACUGCUCCUUGCACUUGUUCUGCGAGGCGUCACCUGAUUUACACGACCAUCCUCACGACGACACUUGAAGUCGCCACGCUGGUUCAAACGUUACCAGCACCACAGCAAAUCUACUAAUAGCCCAAGUUCUAGCUCCUAGGACCUGGUCUAAUCAUUCAACUUGAUAUAGAUCUUCCUCGCCACUCCGUUCGAGGAAAAUCUAUAUAACAAUUCACCACACACCCGGUCAUGUUUAACAGAGCAAGCUUUUUCCCACAUCCAUCAACAUCAGACCAACCACCGCGGUGAAUAACCAACACCCACUGCCAUUUUGGCUCGCUACUGCGCAUGACUACAACCGCUACUGAAUAGCCACUCGCACCAUUUCUCUACUACCUCAAGGUUCCGACGGGGAGCCAACCACCAGUCCGAUUUUGAUUUCCAACUCGGCUUUGAUGUCACAGCGACAUCCCACAACAUUUCACAUAUAUCACCAAUAAAAAAUCACCACAAUCCACCACCACAUCAUAUACAAUCAUGAGCUUCUCACCACGAACUCCUGGAUCUACUCCCGGCCGUGACUGGGAGUACUCUCGCAUGACUUCCGCCACCCCGACUCCUUCUCCCCGUCAAACCUGGCUCGACUCGACCCCUCGACGAUCUUCCACACGCGCAGGGCACACCAGAUCUUCCAGCUACUCCCAGCAGUCCACCUACACACCCCGGCCUGCUAGAGAUUCUCCACGCUACAACAGUUCCGGGGAGUAUGCCACGGUAGAUACGUCUUACUAUCCUUACGACUACGACUAUCCCGCCUAUGCACCCAACUUUGCCCCAGCUCCUGCUUCGGUAGCCACUACCCCCAGCAAGCCUGCUGCCAAGGUUCACCAGUCUCCACGUGUUCACCAGUCUCCUCGUGCGCAGGUACAGCAGGAGUCGCGAACUGAGUCUAGACCACCAAACUCCUCCAAGGCUCGCCCACCCACGGCCAACCAGACUCGAUCUCGCCGUGCUUCUACUUCUGGACCCCAGCGCCCCUCCACGGCCCGUCCCGCAUCUAGCUCCAAACCUGCCAAGGUUGAACCUGUCAAGCCCGCACCUGCACCGACUGCGACUCCUCGCAAGGCCACUGAAGAGGAUGCUAAGCUCCACAAGAUCCCAACGGGUUAUUCACUCAAGAACUGGGACCCUAAUGAGCAGCCAAUCCUUCUUUUGGGAAGUGUCUUUGAUGCCAACAGCCUCGGGAAGUGGAUCUAUGACUGGACCGUUUAUAGUGAAGGCCCUGUCGCCCCCAUUUCCGAAAUGGCUGGCGAGCUAUGGCUUCUGCUUAUCCAACUUUCAGGCAAGGUAAAGCGUGCUGAAGAAAUCCUAGGCGUUGUCCGCUCCAAAGAAAACAAAGAGAUAAUGCUCACUUUUGUCGAGGCUGGUGAGCGUCUGAUGGAGAAGCUCCGCGCCAUUCUUCGAUCUUGCGAGGCCCCCAUGCUCAAGGUUGCCAAGAAGCGUCAGACCGGCCUCGGUAAGACGUCUGGUGUUGAGUUUGUCGACACCCUCUUUGGGCGAGAGCGCGAAGGGCCCCGUACAGACAAGUUCAUGCAGGGCGUCCGCCUCUUCAACUUCCGCUUUGAUGCCAACUGUGAGGACAUCCUUCAGAACCCAACCAUCUAGAAGGACAAUGCCCCUCGUAGUCUGAUCGGAUCUUUCUCCGUGCCCAUUUUGGACAACCAUCCCGAGGAUCUGGACCAAUUUCUAUUAUUUAUUAUCUUUUCCUAUGUUAUUUCCUAUGUCAUCUCUUACCGGUUCCAGCCCAAGGACCCGAGAGCCCAACCCCGCGGAACGGCCCAUUCGGACUGUACAUUACCUAGUGUUUUGAUUCUUCGUUUUCCGACUUGCCGAUUCCCCUGACCCACGGAUGUUCCAUGGAUACCCUUUUUUGCCUUUGGAUUUGGAGUUUAUGCUUUCUCAUUUCCUUAUUUGUUACGCAGUGUGAUUUGAAAUUUGGAAUGUCUCCCACAGCAAAAAUUAGACGGGCGACGGGUCAACAAAAGUUAUGUUUGACAUUUUGUUUUCAGGAUUUUAAUGGGCAAGAGAAAAAAAAAGGGGAUGGACGGUUAUAAUUAUUACUAUCAACAAGGGCGACCUGUAUUAUCAGAGGCUUGUGCGAGGCGCGAGCUGUUUACGCAAUGCAAGCAACACCAAAAAGGGGACUAGGAGAGCAGAUGAAUGCUUUUUUGAUUUGCUUCUGUUUACCGAUACCGCGCAUGAUACCCAGAUGGAAAGUCUUUUGCUGGCUGAUGCCGACAAUGAGGCUCCUCCAUCUUGAAUGUUGCUUUUUGGUUUAUUUUUGUAUAGACUUUUUUUGUUUCUGCUUUUCGAUUUGGACACCCAUUAAUGCAAUCUUUCUAUAUACCUCUUUGUUCUCUCUCUCCUGCUAUUAAUUUGUAUCAAAGUGCCGCGCAUACAUGAAAUGCACACGCCUCUGGAAUGUCAUUCGAUCUCCCCCAAAACAAAGUCGCAUCCAAGCUGUCGGGGGGCUCCAGGACCCUGAUGAUCCCUCGUCUCUAAACAAUCGGCCAGGCUGUAACCUGUCUAGUUUACCUUUUUUCUCUUCCGCCAGCCGUUGCGAAAUGAGAAACGCGUCCUGGUCGCGUCACAGACAGCCCUACACACCGUUUAAAGCCCAUGUCAUGUCGCCCUUGUGAUGUCAAGUCGCGCCGAGACAGGAUCUGCCCGGCCGAGCCCCCUCUCCUCCCUUCUCUCUCGUUUUUGGGAACACAAAGUGAGUGAGAAAAGAGGCUUGAUUGAGCCAUUGUCUUACUUUCUUUUGCGGCUGGGUAGAGGGAGUUUGCUUUUUUCCCCUUUAGCGCUCGUCGCAAAAGGUGGAAGAAAGGCAAGCCGGAAUGAUAGAGGGGGCGUGUAAAUGGCUUCUAGUUUUAACUUCUCAAUAGCGUCAUGGAAAAGAAGGCAGCCUCCAGGAACACGGCGCCGUUCGCUCACUGUUCGGGGCGCAUGUGUGGUCAGACCGGGGAAGCAUCUGGGCUUUUCAGGAGUGGCUUGCAUGUUUUGGUUUGGCUACCCAGGCCAUAAGCUAAGUGGAAUAAGGAGGCUGUACGGUGGUUAUGCAGGUGAUUGCUGCAGCCACUUUAGCAGAUUUUUUCUGAAUGGUCGGGGCUUACAUGGACCGAACCGAUGGCUUGGGGCACGAGGUAGGCGAGAGGGGUUUAUUGUUUCAUGCUACGGCAGGCUAUGCGAGGGAUUAUUGGCAACAGAGAAUGUAACGUUCAAGGUAUACGCAUUUUGUUUUUUGAAAGUGUCAAUCUUUUAUUACGCAGUUACAUGCGUGCUAUAAUGCAUUGUAUGUAAAAUGAAUAGGAAACGAGGUAGAUAGACCAAAAAAUGAAAUAAACAAAUGUAAAUGAGAUGCACAAUCUAUUGUAAAAAUGACGGCUUUUAUAUCGUAAACUUUUAGCGUCUGUUAAAGUUGAGGAAUCGACUCUGGAAAUAAAUGUUAGUAGGCUGGAUUCGGGCCAAGGGAAGCCGUCACUUACACCAAGGAAAAUAAUAGCCAAGUUGCUUAGAAUGUACACGGCAUAGAUACCCAUGUCGCGCCACCUAUUGUUAAACGUCAUGCCCAGGCGGUUAUAAAACUCGUCGCCAAUCUUAUAAGCACAGUAGGAGCAGUCCUGCGUACUGUUAUCAGCUAGGUAGCCAGGGCCGCCGCUGGCGAAAAAGUCCAUCAUGUAGUCGCCGCAAGUAGUGCCGUUGGGGCUUGUGAAGCGAUUAAACUCGCUCGGUGUACAUUUGACAGGAAGCUCAUGUAGAGCCGUCGUCACCAUGCCAGCAAUGAGGCGGGUGAAGGGGUUCAGUUGGUAGAGCCAUGAACUGAAGAACUUGGGCAUCUGCGGGGGAGGAAUUGUUACACCACAAAAUAGCGCAAAGACAAUGAUGAUGAAUGGGUCGAACUGUGACGAAAUGCGAGUCGAUGGGGUGAGAGCCGCAAGACCCUGACCAAGAGUUAUAGAGAAGAUCUCAGUGAUGAGCACAAUGAGGAAUUGAUAACCAGCCCGAGACGGUUCGUGCUGCAGACCAGGGAUAAAGUACAGCGGCAGGAAGAAAAACACGGCGCAAAGAAUCGAGUACGGCAUCUCAGCGAGCACAAUAGCGCUUGCAAAGGUCAAUGGUGAGUACAUCUUGGCAGAAGCCUCGCGGAAGAAGAGAGCGCGCUUGAUGUGGAACAUGAUUUCGACUUGGCUGAUAAUCAGGGGCGGCAAAACUGUAACUUGGAACAUGAUGAAGACCUUGUACUGUAGUGAGGAGCGCGAGUCGUCAAGAUUCAAGUACGUGAGACCAUUGAUAAGUGCAACAACAACGUGGUUGAAGAGGCGAGUAAAGAGGUAGUUGGGGGAGCGCCAGUACGAGCGGAACAUGCGGCGACAUACGACCUUUAGCUGAUGGGUCAUGGGCGACGCAUACUCCUUUUCAUCUCGUGUCGCAGUUGAGGAAGAGACAGCAUGUCUAGACUCUCGUAAUUGACGAAUAGACACCUUUGCGGCGGCACACUCGGGGCUUUCAUCCCACAAGUCGGCCCAGUCCCGGUCGCCAAUGCGAGGCGUGCUACCGGCUCCAAUAGCCUCGAGCAUAAACUCGGCAACGUUGUCGGUAGGAAGGGCCUCGGCGCCAUGGCGUUUAAAGUAGUCACGGAGAAUGCUGGCAUCCUCACCAACGUCGCCAAAAUAGACUGUACGACCACCGUGCUGCAGCAGAAGUAGUCGAUCAAAAUGAUCAAACAAGGCGGCAUUGGGCUGAUGAAUGGUGCAAAGAAUAGCCAUCAACGUGAUUGAGAAGACGUCUUGUACCUCCAGGAACCGGGACAUCGUAAUUGAGGUUUUCCCAAGUAAGGAUACUUUCUGAUUCCAUCCUGAUGUCUGAGCCAGCUUCGUUUGAACGGUCCUUGCGUCGCGCUUCUUUGCGUUCCUUGAGUUUCUCAUUCAGUUCCGUUAAUUCCUUGGUAGGCUUGGCGUACACCUUGAACGAGUUACCACCCAUGCCGUACUUGAUGACUUCUCCCAAAGCGACGUUUAGGGCGAGGAAGAAGAAAAUGAGAACGAUGACAAUGCCCCAAUUGCGCCAAAGAUCACCCUUUGAGUAAGAAUAACCUUGGUACAGGUAGGCAUCGCCCGAAACAAAUGUAGUACCUGGCGUGGAACCGGCCAGAGUGCACACUUGGUGUUGGAUGUCGUUGUACGUCGGUCCUGAGGGAAUCAGAGAAUCGGCUGUGCAAGUCAUGUCGAUACGACUGAAUUCAUUUUGCAUGAGAGCACUGAAGAUGAGACCCAAAACGUUGACCCAGAAGAUCCAGCGCAGCCAGACGUGCUCUGAUUGAUACUGUAUCAGGUAUCCGGAGGUUGUAAUGAGGAAACUGAUGAGCAGCACAGCAAACUUGAUGGCCGUGUUAAAGUCAGGGCUGACACAUCCAAUGAUGCGGAAGAAAAGGGUCAUGGCUAUAUUACCCGACAGAAUCAUGAGAUAGAAGGUGAAAAAUGCACCUGCAUCACGGACAAGACCCGUCAUGAAGUAGACAAUGAUGGAAAAUACCAAGAUUCGAGACGCGGCAAAUGCUUGAUCGACAAAUACCUGACCAAUCCAUAGGGCAGAAGGCCGAUGGAAUGCGUAAGCCCUGUGCUUGUUGACAAUAGCACGGCCGGUCAUAGUGCUACCAAGUUCGGCAAAUGCUUCAAAGGCGUUGAAUAGGAGCGAGACGAAGAGCAAACCACCCUUGCUGAAGGCACUUGCAGAAUUCUUGCCCAGGUUCAGGUAUAAAGUGCCGAGGACAAUUGCGAUGAUAAUGCUUCGGAUCCAGGAAAGGGUCAAGUUGAAGCGAUCCUGGAGUUUUAAGAUGAACUGGCGUUUCAUUAGGGCCCAUACCUGCAAGUGGAAGCCGACCUGAUAAACGGAGCGUCUAGAUGUUCCACGUUUGCCUUCCUUGAAAGCCGUAACAAAGUCGUCAUGGGCCUCUUUCUGCUUCUCGAGGCCAUUCUUGUAAUCGGCCAUUUCUUUAUCCAACUGUGUUUGAAACGUGGAGCUUCGGAAGGCUGCGGCAAGCGACUCGGGACUGCUUGGAGAAUUCUGCUCAGAAUGACCAUCAGCAUACUGUCUUUCGAAUUCAUCGGUACAGCCAGUAACAUAAUCGGGUGUCGUUUGGCGAGGCCGGGGAGCAAAUCCAAGACUUUCAAAGUAUGCGCGAGCCUCAGUUGUUUUGCCAAAGAAGACUUGACGACCCUGGUCGAUAACCAGCACCUUAUCAAACAGUUUGUAGAUAUUUUCCGAGGCUUGAUAAAGAGAGACGAAAGUAGUGGUUUUGUACAGAUUGGUCUGGAUGCGCAGUGACUUUGCAAAGUCUAGUGCAGUACUCGCGUCGAGUCCACGAGUGCUGUUAUCCCACGACAGGAUGCAAGCGUUGGUAAUCAUCAUUUCGGCAAUGGAGACUCGCUUUCGUUCGCCGCCUGAGAUGCCUCGCACAAAGUGAUCGCCAACAACCGUGUUUCGAGUGUGCACAAUGUUGAACAUUUUUAACAAUGUGUUGAUGACGUGCUCCUUGAACGCGGUCUUGGUCAUAUUGCCAGGGCGCUUGGCAGCCAUCUUUGUAUCCAGUGCGAAACCUAGAGUCUGCUCUACCGUGAGAGUAGGGUGAUGGAUGUCGUCUUCGCCGUUGUAAACAGCCUCCGAACGGUAUCUGUUGAAUUCUUUGGCGGUCCAGGGACCGUAUCGAACGUCGCCGGUGACGCUAGUGUAUCCAUAUCUCUGGUUGGCGAUUGUUUUGAGAAAGGUUGUGCAUCCCGAACCUGGCUUGCCAAGGACAAGAAUCAUCUCUCCAGGCUGACAGACGCCUUGGAAUUCAUCGAGGAGGGUAGCCUCUGCAGGCUUUAGACCAAGGCCCAACCACUUGAUGACAGGAGUGACAACGUCAAAGAAGUUGAUGAAGGCGUUGGGGAAGGUCUCGACAUAAUUGGCAGUACCUCCAACGCCCUUGACAGUCAAUUUAUCCCAGUAGGCGCCAAUGUGUUUGGAGUGAAUGCCAGCUUGGACUUCAGCGUCGAGGUCUCCGCGCAGGGCAGCCUCGAGAUCAAAGGCAGCCUCUGAACGCACGUUGGAGGCUACGGGGACGAUCUUUUCCAGAUCGCCAUGCUGUUUGCUGUUGCGUCGACUAACAUUCGAGAGUUCCCGUUGCAAGUGGGCAAACUCUGCUUCCGCUCUGGAGACAGACACACCGUGCUUGCCAUCUUGGUCCUGGUUGUCGGAGGAAGCUAUCGAUUCGCGGGCUGUAGAUGCACCGCCCGGCGUGUCUGCCGAACCACUCGGUACGUUGUCGACCAUAUUGGGCUAUCGCUUAAAAAAUGUCUUGGGUGGGAUUGUCUCGCUUAGAAGCCGUGUGCACCAGGGCGCGGCGCAGACAGUUUUGGGAAUGUCGUAUGCCCGGGGUGCUUCUCGAUAUUUAGGCGAUAUUCCGGGGAUAUCAAUAAGAGACGAUGCACAAAACCAGGAAGGACGGGAUGAUUUAAACAACCAUUGCUUCUGCUGUCUGCCCUUGGUGACGUCUCGUCCCAGUGCGUAGUGGUGUUGGUGACUGAGGAGAAAGUGAAAGUCGGCCAGGCUAUAAACGGCAGGAGCGAGAAAAACGGGCGACAGGUAUGUUAUGCAGAAACCGUAACCGCGUUAAACCCUGUAAAACGCUCUGGAAAAUUAAAAAAAAUCGAACCACAAGGGGG